AUGAAGGGUUCCUCAUUGCUUUGCUCGAGUCUAUUUGGGGCUGCGGUUGGAGCUGCAUCCCAGUCUUGUCUAGAGGAAGCUACUGACAUUACCCUCACCUAUGGCUAUCCAUUGAUGCCAUUCGUUACAUUCGCCGUUCCUGCCAUCGAAGUCGCCAAGGGAGCAAAUCGAUUUGAGCAUUACAGAGAGCUUGCGACAGCAGACUUCCACGAUGUCGUUCGUGCCAACGUAGACACCUUGUACUCGGUGAGCAUUCUCGACUGGACUCAUCAUGAUCUUAUCGUGAAUGUUCCCGUUGUCAAAGACCGAUACUGGGUCUUUCCAUUUUACGAUGCAUAUGCCAACAACUACGUCAACAUAGGCAGCGUGAAUAACAGUACCGUUGGGAAGUACGUGGUGCGCUUUGAUCCAAGUGGCAAGCGGCAGCCAGGCCUCCAACUCUGCAGCCAAUCAAGAAAUGAAAAGAAGCUGCGAGGAGAAUGUUACGGCGUCGAUGGUUACAUCAACUCGCCCACGGCAUAUGGAAUAUUGCUGCCACGAUACGCCCUCAUCAACGGAAUUCCAGAAGAUCUACAGCAGAUCCAUGAUCUCCAGAACAAGAGCGGAAUCCACACCAUCGAAGCUGGCCAGAGAUCAAAGCACCCUAGAGCUCCUUUGACCAUUUCCAUGCUCAACUCUUCAAUAUCAUCCAACCCGGCCACCAGAAUCAGGCAGUUGACAGCCCGUAUCUCCCCCAACAGCCCACCACGCAACGUCUCAGACUCCGCACGAGUCAAUCGCAUCAUCCGAGAAAAACAUGGCCAACGCAGCAAUCCAGCCACAAAACCUGCAGAACCUCGGCAUGACUGGGACCAGCUCACCUUUCAAGCUCAGGGAGACUACGGCACCAACUACCUAAUGCGCCAGUUUGUAGCAUAUCGCGGCUACCUCGGUCUCACUCAGUCUGAAGCCCUGUACCCGUCGUAUAUCGGCGGUGACAGUGGACAGACACUGAACAUAGGCCCCAAGGAGGCGUAUAUCUUCAAAUUCCCCAGCAAGCCCCCGCUGGCACAAUACGGGUUCUGGAGCCUGACGGCCUGCAACGCGGAGCAGUUCCUGGUUUCGAAUGCGUUGAAUCGGUAUGCGCUGAGCGACCGAUCCAAUAUUACCUACACCGAUGGCUCGCGUGUCUAUGGGGGCGAUGCCCACGCCGAUGAUAGCUUCGAACUUCUUGUUCAACCGGCUGAUUUGGCUCCUCCGAAUAACUGGACUUCUAACUGGCUCCCAGCUCCCAAAGGUGGUGGGGCAUUCUCUCUCACGCUUCGGUUUUAUGCCCCUAGCGAUGCACUACGGCAAGGAGAGUGGUCGUAUCCUGUGGUACGGAAACAAGCUGCCAUUGUGGCAUGA